AUAUUAAUUUUGUUUUUGUUGUAUUUGUAGUGGGAUCAAAACUGUCGCAAACCUAAAAUAAGAGCGACUUCAGUCCAACAUUUUAAAAUUGGAAUUAUGCCCAACAAAUUACACGACUGGAUAGAGGAACCUCUGCAGAACACACACAGAACAUUUUAUGGGAAUAUCUUAGCCCCAUGCCGGAGUUAUGAGGCCACACAGUAGGUAUGCAAUCGUCGGAGACCAUGUAGGUAAUUGUAUGCAGAGCGAUGGCACAAACAACUAAAAGGUUAGUUUCUCCGACCUCAUCAUCGGAGUAUCAUGCAUCCCACUGUGAAUGUAUGCGCAAUAUAUGGGAUUUGGGUGUUGUUGGAGAGUGGCGGAGAAACCGUCGUAGAUGUUGAACGGGAUGUGUUCUGCUUCAAUGGAUUGAAAUAAUCAGCUCCUGCUCAAGUACCUCCAGAAUCUCGACAUGAAGGACAGUAGCGGCCAUGGAUUUACAAUGGCAAAGACUCUCAAUCUGCAGACAGAAUUGUUUCACCCUUUGUGGAUUUAUCAGUACAGCACAGGUGAACGAGGUUGAAAUUGUUACUUGCAAGUGUGUAGCAGCAACAAAAAAAUGAAACGAGCUUAGAAGUUGCGACUUCGGCGGUAAUAGUCAUGAAGUUGAUUGUUCCAACUAGGAACACACGCUUCUUGCCGAACUUGACACUUGACUGACUCACGACUGCCAUUCGGAGCACGCGUGGAGCACAUCGCACCUUCCACUCGGCAAACCUGCAAGAAAGCACCACUCACAGUGUUUCAGGGAAUUCACCCCUCAUCAGUUGAGCUUGAGUAGGCUGAGGAAGAUUGUGCCUGAAAAGCACCACUUAUAUACUGCUCUCCAGGCCAAACCAUCACCAGGAAUUGUUCCAACUAGGAACACACGCUUCUUGCCGAACUUGACACUUGACUGACUCACGACUGCCAUUCGGAGCACGCGUGGAGCACAUCGCACCUUCCACUCGGCAAACCUGCAAGAAAGCACCACUCCCUGCUCAAUACACAGUGUUUCAGGGAAUUCACCCCUCAUCAGUUGAGCUUGAGUAGGCUGAGGAAGAUUGUGCCUGAAAAGCACCACUUAUAUACUGCUCUCCAGGCCAAACCAUCACCAGGAAUACAAACUUACAGAGACGCUUUGUUUCCAGCGCGACAAACACCUCAUGAAGCCCCAGGUAGCAGCGUGAGUCAGAGUCGCUCAUGGAGUUGUGCUAAACAGACGUUGAGAGCCAGUAUCGCUAUUCACAACGCUAUCACCUCCAACAACUAGUCGCACGUCCGUGUGAGGGACAACAAUACGAUAAAAUGAUAAAAAGUCCGAAAGUGCGAUAAUAGCGCACACCAUGUUUUCUUCUCUUUUUCGAAAAUAUUCACAUAGCAGAGAGAGAGAGACAAGCGAGAACAGACAGAGAAAAAGGAUAUGUAAAGUGCUGAUUCUCAUACACAUGGAAGCAAAAAAAAGAGUGACGUUUGCACAUCCGCCUUACGCCUGGCUAUACCAUAGUUCUGAGAGUCGCAACCAGCUUCAAAAGAUUCGAUUGUGCCAGGCCUCCACCAUCAUCAGGUCUGAGGUGCUACAGAAGACUAGGCAAAACUUGCUAAAGUUACUGAACGUGUCAGUUGGAAGUCUUUAUGAACCCAAGAGUAUCAAGCCUAUGAAAACGGAAAGAGAACACUGUCACUUUCAGGCUGUUACUGGUAGCACAUCAGCACGUCUUUGUUAGUUUGGUUCGUUCUUUGUCUAUAAUUAUAAUCACGCUGAUCCAAUCUCUUCACAUGUUCACCACUGGUGCAGGCCUGUAGAUUUUGCAUGUUUCCACGUGUAUCUGCGAGAGAAUCAACACAGAGCUCUUUUUCUGCGCUAAUCCUCCUCCUGCUUAUAUCACCAAUACAUUGUUUAAAAGUUAUUGUGCUGGUUGGUUUCUUGUUCUGCCUGUAUCUACCUGAAGAGAAAGCAGUCGAGGCAAUAUAGCGAACGGAUAGGAAAUUGCUUGCAAAGACUCUGAAGCGUGUUCUAUUCCUUAGUCUGAUACUUCUUCACAAACUCAGAGGCAGAUUUUUUUCACCAGAGAGUACUUUGCUACUAGAGUGCUCAAACUGAGAAGCCAUUGAUUGCACUGCGCAUAAACUAGGCUCGGGGCUCCAAGACACUGGAAGCCCACAUAUGUCCCUGGAGCUAGCCUGGAGCUUGAACAACACCAUUGAAGGCUGGAACUAAGAACCAACGGCCGUAUCGAAAGGUCAGUGUACGGGAGCGCUACCACAUCACUAAGCAAAUAUAGGUGGCAUUGAAGUGGCUGAGAAAUAGUUGGGCAAGACGGCAGAGGAGAUGUCCGCCAAGGUGGUUGACAUGUCAAACUUUGCAAGCGCUGCAGACAAAGAUCGGAUAGAGCCAUGUGCAUUCUGUGGCAGUACGGAUAGCAAGUCAUGCAUGGUGCUAGGAAAUGUAUGCGGCGACACAGCAUGUGAGGAGCUCUCUCUAGCGCUCUGCAACCGGGUUCUGCCUUGUGGACAUCGGUGUGCUGGUCUUCCUGGGGAGGCCUUGUGUCCACCAUGCCUGAACAGUCAAUGCUACAACCGUAUUAAGACAUGCUGGUCAGGUAGUGAUAGCAGUGCUGAACUAGCAUCUGCAACACAAUCCACUGCCAGUGAGACCAGUGUGUUUGUGUGUAGUCUGUGCCAUGCUGGCCAUGAUAUGUGGCAGGCAUCUCCUGUCAUCCAGCUGUAUUGCGGGCACAUCUUUCACAAGAGUUGCUGUAAAGCCCGGUUCGACAAGCUAUGGGGAAACCCGGUGGUGAACCCUGAGGUAUUCAAAUGUCCUGAUUGUGAGGACAUGUUCAUGAGGUAUCCGCUGUUUGAUAGCAGGGUGAAGGACAUGAAGGAACAAUCUGAGAUUAAGAAGAAGAAAGUAAUGGCGCGACUGCUGCGCAAAGGCGUGGACACCGAUGCAGUCACCGAUGCGCACAGUGGAUUUUCCUGGACAGAGCCAUGUCGGUUCUGCAGGAGUACGGGAACCCGGUCUCUCUUUGCAGUGACCAGUGUCUGCAAUAGCACCGUGUGUGAGCAACGGUCUUUGCAUGCAUGUGCUAAGCGUCUUCCUUGUGGAGACUGGUGUGGUGGUUUUGCUGGAGAAGAGAACUGCCUGCCAUGCCUGCAAAGCCAGUGUCGCAAGGGCAACCAGGCGUCAUCCAGCACCAUCAGCAGUAGCAGUAGAAGCAGCAGUGAAGAGACAUCAUCAGUUUCGUACACUGCUGACGAUAUAUGUGCUAUUUGCUACACGGAUACGCUAGGAGAAGCUCCAGCUAUACAGCUGAGGUGUGGGCACAUCUACCACAUGCAUUGCUGUCAAGACAAGCACGCUAAACUAUGGGCACACCUCAGGAUCAGCUACAAGGAAUUCAAAUGCCCUGAUUGCGAAGAUCAGUUAAUAGAGCAUCCUUUCUUCCAUGAUAUGGAGGUCCUGAAGGCAAACUAUAACAUUGAAGUGCAGAAAGUACAGGAGCGACUGGAACGCAGACAGAGUUUAGUGGACACCAGUGCAGUCACCUGGACAGAGCCGUGUCGGUUCUGUAGGAGUACGGGAACCCGAUCUCCUUUUGCAGUGACCAGUGUCUGCAAUAGCACUGUAUGUGAGCAAUGGUCCCUUCUCGCAUGUGCUAAGCGUCUUCCUUGUGGAGACUUGUGUGGUGGUUUUGCUGGAGAAGAGAACUGUCUACCAUGCCUGCAAAGCCAGUGUCGCAAGGGCAACCAGGCACCAUCCAGCACCCUCAGCAGUAGCAGCGGAAGCAGCAGUGAAGAGACGUCAUCAGUUCUGUGCACUGCUGACGAUAUAUGUGCUAUUUGCUACACGGAUACGCUAGGAGAAGCUCCAGCUAUACAGCUUUCCUGUGGACAUAUCUUUCAUAAGCAUUGCUGCGACACGCUGCUGGAAAAGCAGUGGAGUGGCCCCAGGAUCAGCUUCCAGUUCCUGAAAUGUCCCAGCUGCGAGGAUUGCUUCAUGGAGCAUUCGUCACUGGAUACGCGCACUAUUCCUAUGGUCGGAUUGUUCAAGAGGGUGAAGGAGAGAGCACUACUUCGGUUGGAAGUUGACAAGGAGCUGGAAAACGAGGCCAUUACCAAUCCAUGCAGCGAGUUCUACCAGAAGCCGGCUGAGUAUGCCAUGAAGCGCUAUGCGUACUACCUCUGCCAUGACUGUGAGAGGCCUUACUUCGGCGGUGAUGCUCAGUGUGCAGUACAAGUUGUCGGAGCAGAGUUUGACCCACAGGAACUUAUGUGUGGACACUGCUCCAAUGUCCUAGGUGUGGAGGUGUGUCCGAAGCACGGAACGGACUUCAUAGCGUACAAAUGUCGCUACUGCUGCACUCUCGCCGUCUACUUCUGCUUCGGAACAACUCAUUUCUGUCCAAUGUGUCAUGACGUGAAUUUUAGGGAACUGCGCUGUCGAACCAAAUUUCCCUCCUGCCCUGUAGGGCCCACGUGUAAGAAGCUGGAAGGAGUGCUGUGUCCGCUUGGAAUCAAGCACCCUCCAACGGGCGAGGAGUUUGCCAUUGGCUGCGUGGUGUGCCUGGAUUUGCCAUGAUGUUAGGUCAUCCUCAGUUUUGUGCCUAAUCAUCAAUCCCAUCACCAGGCCUACUUGAAUACUUCUGUGCACUGUUCUUUAGUCAUGUAGACCAGGCUGGACUUGGCUAUGGAAAAUGCAAAAGGAACGAGAGUAACAAACUAUUUUCACACACUUCUUUCUUGAAUUUCCCUGUAUGAGAGUGGCUCGUCAGUAUACCUUAACAAAACACUGUACUCUACUCACCCAUAUGUUUUACGGUCGCAAGUUUUCACUGCCCAGUCAAAUGUGUUGCGGAUUUCUGUUCAACUAUGAUUUGCGCAUGUUGUUGUAUUUGGUUCUUGUCUGGUAGAGUCCAGUGUCUGAUGUCAUAAUUAUGGUCUAAGAGUACGCGCGAGUAUGGUGUGAUGUGUGACGUUUAUGGUAUGUGGUGCAUGCAAGAGUACGCGUUGUCAGAGUGUGAGGAUCUGCUUCCGUCUGUGUGAGAGUGACUGUCAAGUGAAUGCUGUACAUGCGCAGUGCUAGUUUGGUCUGGAAAUGAGAGUCAUGUGUGAUUCGUCCGUGGUCUGGUUGUCUUGUUCUUGGUCAUGUGUUCUGUACGUAUUAGUCCCUGAUUGGUCGUCCCGAUUUGUAGUCGGUUUAUUACUGCUUGUUCUUUGUUGUUUUCUUUCAGUCUUUUCCCGGGAGUCUUUCCCGUCGUCGUUUUCAGUCUAGUCUUUUUUGUCUCUCUCCUCCUGCGCCCUCGUCAUUUGUUGAUAUAAUACAAGUAUUGAAGAUACAACCAAGAGUUUGCGUUGUUGUGUGGCGGGGGCCAGGGGGAGAACCACUAUUUCAAAUGCACUCACAUUGCUCAUCAAGUGGCAACACUUUGCCUCAUAUUCUCAAUAGUUUCUCCUUGCUGCAAGUACUUUUUUGCCGGGAGACUCAAGUCUUGAUAAAUUAUGCUACUCCACAGAGGAGUCCAUGCUAUGUAUUUGCUUACUAGACCUUUUUGCUUUACUAGCUAAUAGCCGGCUGCUGAUGCUGCUACUGUCGUACGCUAUUGCCACUGGUGCUGCAGAAAUUUACAAUUAUUGGAUGCAGCCCUUUCCUAUUAGAAAAUGUACUUUACUAAUGUGCAAAAAGCAUUGUUGAUUAUAGUGUCAUGUAAGUCUUUUAUUAUGAGCGCUAGCAUGCUCGUGCAAGAAUUAGUUAGCAGCCAGCCCAGCGAGCUGGCCCAACUAAUACUUUCGCACAUCAUACGCGAGUCACGCCGGCAUGCACCUG